AUGGCGAGACUCACUGAUGAUGCCGACUACGAUGCCGGGAAAACGUCUCGGAAUGUACCACGUACACGGUCCUACUCUGGAAAUGAUGAUGCAUACAAUGGACUCCUGACAAGGUGCGUUCUUCUAAGUCUUCCUAACAAUAUGACCGAGUUGCGAAAACAAGGUCAAACAACUUCAAUAUGUAAUAUAGUCGAUUUCAUAGCAAAUAUGACAUUACUUCGUCUACAAUCCCACUACAGAAUGCGAUAUAGAAAAAUUCCCGGACUUCAUUGA